CUGCUGCUGUUUGGGGAACAGACAGUCUCACGAAAAACAUGGCGGAGGCUGCGGCGGUCCCUCCGCAUCGCUUCUUCUGUCACUGUUGUAAGGGUGAAGUGAGCCCCAAACUGCCGGAGUAUAUCUGUCCCAGAUGUGACUCGGGCUUCAUCGAGGAGGUUACAGAAGACUCCAGUCUUCUGGACAGUAGUUCAAAUAGCCUUGAUGACACAGCUUCACAGUUUGCUGAGCUAUGGCAGCUGUUGUUCGUGGAGAGGCCGUUCAGUCUGGAUCUAGACAGUCCUGACUCUGAGCGAGUCCCGGGAGGGGGCAGUGGGUCUGGGAGUCUCGGAACAGGGCCAUUCGGCGGUUCUGUCCCAGGUGGGCUUGGUGGGUCCCUGAGCGGCCCUCUAGGCGGAGGAGAGCACUGGGGUCCUGGUCGUCCUCCACGCCUGCACACGCAGAGGAGGUACCGAUCCAGAGGAAGCAGUCGACCGGAUCGCUCUCCCGCUGUUGAGGGAAUAGUACAGCAGUUUCUCGCAGGCCUUUUUGCCAAUUCAGGAGUACCAGGCUCUCCUCCACUGUCAUGGACGGGCAUGCUGCACUCAAACCCUGGGGACUACGCCUGGGGACAGGGGGGUCUGGAUGCAGUCAUCACACAGUUAUUGGGUCAGUUUGAGAACACGGGUCCUCCUCCUGCUGAGAAAGAUAAAAUUUCCUCCCUCCCCACUGUUAUCAUCACUCAGGAACACACUGACUGCAAUAUGGAGUGCCCUGUAUGUAAGGAAGACUACACGGUCGGUGAGGCGGUCAGGCAGCUGCCCUGUAACCACAUCUUCCAUAGUGACUGCAUUGUGCCCUGGCUUGAACUGCACGACACAUGUCCUGUGUGCAGGAAGAGCCUCAAUGGGGAUGAAAGCGGCACUCGGUCCUCAUCAGAGCCUUCCUCCCUAAACACUGAUCCUCGCACACCGGAGAGAUGGUCCUUCUGAAACACAUGCACACACGUCCGCCUGUCUCAUCUGAGCUCUCUGUCUUAACCCAAGCUUAUUUGUCUCUCUCUGCUUUUCUUUUUUUUUUGUCUAUUCUUUGUGUUCAUCCCACCAUGCUGGUGUAUUUUUACUAUGGUUUGUUUACUUCUGUUCUCUAACUCUGUCCUUCUCAGUUGUGUCUAUCCUAAUGUUUCUGUGUCAUUUAGACGUCUUUGAUCUCCUCCAGAGUUUUCGCCUAGUUUACCCUUCCCUUUUUCCUUCCCCGAGUGAACAAACAAACAGUGCAGGAUGAGGGUAGGGUCGGGCACAUAUUGUUGCUGUAGCAGCACAACUCCCCAACCCACAUUUAGAUGGUACAGUGUUCGGCUGUACUCCCCGCCUCUUGUCGUUCAAUGUGAAUUCUCAUUGGGAUGGGGUGCCGUGUCUUUGCCCCUUUGUACAGGAGAUCAUGAAGUUUAGUCUCUCUCUCUCCUUUUUGAUUCCAACUCUGGUGUGUAUAUAUCACAAACCCAUCAAUGUCAUUCAGUUUAAUUUGAUUUAGUUCCUUUCACUCUCAUUUCUAUUACAGUUUCUUCUAAUGUAAAUAAUUUUAGUUGGCAAACUCAUUUAAGGAAGACAAAAAAAAAACAUUGAUGAAAAUGACGAUGAAUUGCUAAAUAUUAAAGUAUAUAAAUAUAUAUUAUAUGAUGUGUAUGACCAUGAUGUAUUAAUAAUAAAAUUGAAUAAAAACAAGGCAACAUGUUGAUCUUAUGAUACAGAUGAACAACAAAUGCAUUCAGAUCUUCCUAUUUGAUUUUUGUUGACAUAAAUAUGCGUUCUCAGACGAGAUGGCUGUGAGAAGUUGCGUUUAUUGCGUCUUUUUAAUUCUUCGUGUGUUUCAAGGAAUUUUAUACAUCAAGUUUUUCCAGGAAUGCUAGCAUUACUUGUUAAAACAUGACUCAAUCACAUUAUUGCCUUUAAAAUUGAUAAUUGUCUCAUAAAUCAUCAUUUGGCUGCCAAUGCACCAAAACAGCUUAUCAAGCCAGAUGGAUAGAUUAUAAACCACCGUUGAAUCUAGUGAAAUGAUUUCUUUGUGAUCGUGGUUGCUGCAGUCAUUUGA